AUGGCACUAAUGCAGGAAGCAACUAUGUAUCCAACUGGACCUUCGCUGGAUGAAAAGAUGCAUACAGAGGAUGGCAACCGGUCAUCACUGGCAGCCGAGGGGCCAGAUGACGAAGCUGGAUUCCACGAUCGCAUCGAGGCGGAUCGCGACAUGCGCACAGAAAGACUAGAGGAGACUGUGCCUACGACCGAUGUCGCCCAUAGCGAAGAAAGAAAUGCCUCCACUGGGCAGCCGGGCCAGCCCGACAGAAUGCAGUUGACAGACGCUGAACCCGACUCAGGCCUCUUGUCUCCACCAUUGAGUUGUGCCGCCGAUGGAAGGGCCAGCAGUUUCGACGGCUCUACAGUCAAGCCCGGCAUUGCUACGAUCGACCAAGAACUUGAUUGGUCUAAUAACCACCUCAAGGACUGGGACUUUUCCCAUCGUCGUCUUCGACCUCAGUACCCGUCGGCAACCUUCCAGCCAUAUUCCAAGUUCAAAGGCACUCAGCAAUCCGACCGUCAGAUCUACAACGUCGAAGUGACCAUUUUGACAGUUGACAUCGAGCAGUCCAACAUGUCCGGCUAUCUUCAGAUCUGCGGACUAACACCCGAUCAUCCCACUUUGACCACAUUUUUCACCGGCGAAAUUAUUGGGGGACCCGAUCAGAAGUACAGCUUCCGUACGGGAGACCCCGGCUGGGGCGCAAGCGACAAGACGGAUCUUACGCACUGGGCCCGUUUUCCGGCAUGGCGACCGCUCAGUUUGCACGCCAAGCGCAACAUCAACUUUGUAUACCCAAUGAACCACGAGAAUUGGUGGCAGCAGGAAUACAUCUUCAUGAGAUGGAAGGAGCAUUUCCUCGUGCCAGACUACAAGCUCAAAUCUAUACAAGGGGCGAGUUUUGAGGGCUUCUACUAUAUCUGUUUUAAUCAAAUUGAGGGGAGGGUGAGUGGAAUCUACUUCCACUCCAAAAGCGAGAAGUGA